CCAGUCGUGCACGAUCCGUCGAGCCGUAAACAUCAAAGCGUUAUCAUAUACGAAAAAAUUUUAUCGUCAUGUGCGCGUGCGCCUCGCUCUUACCAACUCGCUCAACACCCUGAAAAUUCCUUUCUUUCAUCUGCCACAAGCCUAAAACUAAAACUACUUAUUACAUGUAAAUAUUGUUCGAUGAUAUUGUAAUGAGCAUAAAUUCGAGUGUUUUUUCCUUAGUAAUCUCGUAAAUACUUCGUUCAAUCAAUUGAUUAAUUGGAGGGUCCGAAUUAUUUCGAGACAUAACAAUUUAUAUUUCCUUAUUCAGAUAGAAAUGCCUUUUUGGUUUUUAUGAUUAUUAUUAUGGGAUUAUUCUCUUUCUUUCAAUGCUUUCUUUGCAAUUGGAAUUGACACGUUCUUAAUGACGAGUGAAAAUAACUUGGAUUGUGAUUUAAAAGGUCUGUAUGAUGUCUGGAAAUGCAUCAGAGAAUAUGAUAACGAGUAAUAGAGUCUUACCUGGCAUCAAGCAGGAAGUGGAUAAUCCGACGACUCCAAGUCAGAGCUAUCACCAGGUCUGUUCACCCAGUACCACAAUUCAACCAAUUUCGGAGAAAAAUCAUGAAUUUCAGGUGACAAUUAAGAUGGAUAUGGGAGACUACAGUGGAGGAAGAGCGAGUCCUGGAAGUCCUGAAAUGCAACACUGCUCAUCUACUACACAACCAUUAGGAACUCCAGAGGGAGUUAUUAAGGAAGAGGACAUAGUCCCGAGAAGAGUGUGUCUAGUCUGUGGAGAUGUGGCCAGUGGUUUUCAUUAUGGAGUUGCCUCUUGUGAGGCUUGCAAAGCAUUUUUUAAAAGAACGAUACAAGCAAGUAAUUUCACAGGGAACAUUGAAUAUACGUGUCCUGCGAAUGGAGAGUGUGAGAUAAAUAAGAGGAGAAGAAAAGCCUGUCAGGCUUGUAGAUUCCAGAAAUGUCUGAGACAAGGAAUGUUGAAGGAAGGUGUUCGACUGGAUCGAGUGAGAGGGGGAAGACAGAAGUACAGAAGAGCCACAGACCCAUAUCUUCCUGUAAAAACAGUUACACUAGAAGCCAACGUAGGAUUGUCGGGAGCUGGAGAGAUUACAAAUAAUAAAAUGAUUGAAGCGCUAAUCGCCUGUGAACCUGACACUCUUCAAGUAUUCAACCUUGCUCAUACAUUAGACACGGAUCAACGGGUAUUGGGACAGUUAUCGGAUCUGUAUGAUCGUGAGCUCGUUGGAAUAAUUGGAUGGGCGAAACAAAUACCAGGAUUCAGUGGCCUCGCGCUGAACGAUCAAAUGCGACUGCUCCAGAGUACAUGGGCGGAAAUUUUAACGUUUAGUCUUGCUUGGAGGAGUAUUCCCAACACGGGGAGACUCAGAUUCGCCCAGGAUUUCACGUUGGAUGAGAGAGUUGCGAGAGAGUGUCAUUGUACUGAACUCUUCACUCACUGCAUCCAAAUAGUAGAAAGAGUCCAGAAACUCAACCUCUCCCGAGAAGAAUUCUACAUCCUAAAGGCUUUAAUACUCACAAAUAGUGACAUACGACUAGACGAGCCACAGUCCCUCUAUCGUUUUCGUGAUUCCAUUCUUAACUCUUUAUCUGACUGUGUGGCAGCAGUGAGACCAGGCCAGACGAUGCGUGCGACCCAGAACAUGUUCCUAGUGAUGCCAAGUCUUCGCCAGGCAGAUGGCAUUGUCCGUAGAUUCUGGUCUAGUGUUUACAGAACCGGUAAAGUGCCCAUGAAUAAGUUAUUCGUCGAGAUGUUGGAGGCUGCGAGCUAUCGAUGAGACAACCCCAGCUCGAUUGGCCUCGAUACAUAAGUGCUCGAGAUCAUCGAUUAUGUGUGAUUGAACUGAGAGUUGGGAUAUGGUGCUGAAAUAAUUAUUUUUCAAUAAAUGAAAAAUUCAAUAAUUACUGAGGGAGAUGAUCAGGGAGAGUCAGAUGUAAUGGGGAAAUGAAGAACUGAUGCUUUCACUCUUUCAUUCAUUAUUGUGAAGGGCAGUGACAUCUUUUCUAGGAAUUGAAGAUAUCUCGAUACAAAAGAAAACAUCCAUUUCUUUGACCAGCGAAUAUCGAUUUGAAAAAUCGAAAUUUUCCAUUGCAUUAUUUCGCACAUAUCCAAGUUCAAAGGAAACCUAUUCCGAAAGAUUUUCUGGCAUCAAAUUUUGAAAUGGAUUUAUUUAAUUGAGAGAGCAUUUUUUCUUCGUUUUUUAUUUUUUUUGUUUUGUUUUAUUUUUAUUUUUUAUGAAUAUCUUCAGGAGUGAAUUUAGAAUAAAAUGUUGAUACAUUUAUGUUUGAUACCGUACACAAAAAUUAUUUAGCCAUUUGCGCAUUUUUUUUCUAUCAAACAUUUAAUUCAAAUUCGAUGGAUCAUCAUUUUUCCCGAAGGAAAAUUUUACUAUUUGGGGAUUUUCUUGAAGUCCUGUCGUACCCCAUUUACAGGUACAGUGAUCCAUGGUUAUUAUGGAUUAAAUAAAAUUGCAUAAGUGAAUGAAGAGUUGAAGCACCAGGGCUUUAUGGGCAAUGUACAAAAAAAUAAGAAGGAAAAAUGAGAACAAGUGAUACCAGAGAUUAACUCAGAGCGAUAAAUUCAGGCAGAGGAUUAUUCUCCAAAUGGUUACCGCUAAGUAAUGUUUAGUUAUUAAUAAAACUAAGAAAAAUAAGAGAAGACCGAAUGCAAUACGCUUUUAGAGCUCUAUUUUGGAAUCAGUGCAGGAGUAGCAGGAAAUGCUUCGGCAAGUAUUUUGACCGCUGUUAGGUGUCUGGAAAAAUGUCAACAGACAUUUUUCAUGUGGAAUUAUAAGAUCUGCAGAAAAAGCUUUCUGACAUUUUUCUCUACACCUACCAAAUGCCGACAUAUUUGCAAAAUAAUCCGUAUACAUUUUUAGGACUUAUCUCCUCUCCAAUUAUUUUCGAGAUCUACUCCAAAAUUAAUUAAUUGGAUGUGAGAGCAUACUUAUACCACCGAUACAGGAUAUUUCUUGACAGAAUGAUCUAUUACACAUUACAAUGUUCCCUAAUUUCUUGAUACAUUUGAUGUUUUGCAUUAAGACGAUGGUCAUAAAAGUUGUAAUCUUCAUUCUAGAAUGUAAGUCUUCAAAUUCACAUUCAAAAUCUAUGAAUUUUGUGAAUCAAAAUCUAUCAAUGCCAUACUCUGAAAUUAUACCUGUCGAAUUGUACGCUAAAGAUUGAACAUUUAUAAAUUUGAAUUGUAUGUGUAAUGUGAACUUCAGAUUGUACAAUGUAUAAUUGAAUUGGUACAUUUCAGUUUUCUAGAAUUCAAUAUCUAUAUCAUAAGAUUAGAAUGUGAGGAUUGCAAUUUUUGUAGACGAGGUGUCAGUAAAAAAUAUCAAUGUUAAAAAAUUAAGGCAGUCCAGUGUAUGUAAUGGGUCAUUUCGUCAUAAAAGUGCUGCGUCGAUUUUAAAGUAUGUCGAUGUCAAAGACGUGAUAUUCCCAGCGGGAUUCUGGUGAUCGGGAUUGCUGGAUAUAGAACGGAAUGGAGAAACGAUGAAGAAAAAUUGAUUAUUCGUUACUGUGCCAUGUGGGACAUUGAAGAGUUUAUUCAGGGAUCUUUAUUAUGUGAUUAUUAUUGUUGCUCGAAGUAAGACAUGGGUAACAAGUGGAUCGUGUGUGGUCAGUUCUGGAAGUGGAUUUAUAGAUUUUUAAAUUGUUAUUGUGAAAUAAAAUGUGAAAAUUGUGCAAUAAUUUUCUCUUUUUUUUAAGAGUAUGAAAAAUUUUGUUGUCUGUUGAAACAUCUUGUAACAAAUAUGAUUAUUCAUUUCGAUAAUUUUGCGAGUUAAAUCCACACAAGAUCAGCCCCACAAGUUUUAAUGAACCAUUAAUUAAUCAAUCAACCAAUUAUAUAAAAUUGCUAAUUAACUAGGUUGCGAAGGGGUAGAGGAUGGGGAAUGAGUGCAGAUAUUUUGAUCAAACUAUUUCGUGUAUACUUCUGGGGUAGAUGGAUUUAUAACAUUGUAAAUAUUAUUGAGCUAAUUAUUUCAUAAUUUCCAACAAAUUCAGGUAUUUUAAAAUUUCCGUCGGAACUUACUCAUCUCAACUUGCUAGAAAAAAAUCAUCUAACUCAAACGAAAUUUUAAAACACCUAACUCAUUAACACUGAUUGAAUAGUGUUCAAUUGAUUGGAUCAAAAAAUAGUAAAUCUCUGAUAUACUGAGAGGCUAAAAUCAUGGCAGCAAGAUAGAAGAAAUAGUGUGAAGAGGUCAACAAGCACUGUGUGGGAAUUACUCUUGCAAUUUUUAACAACGAUUAGUUUACAUGCAUUGUUCUCACGUUUGAAAUUCAAAGGCUUCUGCUCUAUCAUCUUGAUAGAUAAGUGCCAUAUGGAAUUUAUUCCUAAAUAUUCAACUUUCCACGCUUGGAAUAUCUGGAUAGAUUUGGUCUUACGCCAGAGAGAUGGAAAUUUUGAAGCAAAAUGAAAUAACAGGAUUGUUGAGUUCCAUGUGUCCCCUGGGAAUUAUAAAUGCCGGAAUUGAUAACAUAUAGGCAGUAUUAAUCAGUGUCCAUGGAGUAAAACUUUCAAAUUGCACAUUGAGAUGAAUGAAUUCUAAUGGGAAUUUUGCAAUACCGGAGUCUAUUCGGAAAUUAUGAAAUACUUUCGUAUUUUUAAAAUCGAAAUAAUUUUUCUUUCAUUACAAACCGUCGAUUUGUAGAUCGAAUAUAUUUCAAAAUAAUAGAUUUGAAAAAAUUUAUCAAGGAACUUUUCUUGUAGGAAAUAUGAUGUCAUACACAAAAGUCUUCCGAUACUUUUCAUACAAUUCACUAGCUAUCGAAAUAUUUACGAAAUAUACUUACGAAAUUUCUGCAGUUAUGUCUCUGCUGAAAUAAUUGAUCAGAGAGAUGUAUAAAGGCUGUUGAGCUACGGCGAAUUCUUCAGGACUAAUUUUCAAAAAAUUUCGUAGUAAUUUUUCUUUCAUCAUUUUCUUUUUCCUUUCACUGUUUGCUCUAAUUGGAGGUGAUGUAAAUAUUUGUAAAAAAUUCCCAGGAUUUUAGUCUCCCCAGUUUAUUCAGAAGAAAAAAAAUAGGGGGGAACUCUCUAUUGAACUGUGAUACAUCCGCACUUCGACUUUGAGGAAAUGAGGAAAUACUGCAGCACAUGAAUCCCCGAGUGAGUCUUGCUUAUUAUAGCCGUGCUUCAAAUUUCAAUCAGUAGCGAAGUGGUAAAACGUAUAAUAAAAUAUUUCAUAUCAAGUAGCUUUAGGGAAAAAUGAGAAAAACAUCUUAAACGACUUUUGUGUUUAAGGCUGUUUAUUCGAAAGCGCAAUCACUCAAAAAAACAUUUUCUAACAGAUAGACAGAUUUAUCUCCUGCAUUUUCUCUUUUAGUUUCAAUCGACCAAUCCUAAUUGAUUAUUUAGGAAUAAAAUACAAUAGGCACCAAAUGCAAGCGCGAGGUUAUAUGGGGCUUCAAGUUCCAAAUAUAUGCAUUAUUUUCCUGAUUACCCCAGGUUUUUUCUCGGCCAUUGAAUUCAGUAUAAUUUUCCAUACUGCUCUCUUUUGCUACUUUUAUUUUAAGUCUUGCAGUGGGUCAAUUAUGAAUUUGAACGAGAAAAAAUUCGUUUAUUACAUUUUGUCAAAGCUACUACGUAUUUUUUCUCAUCAUCAGAACUGUUGGUUUUAUAUUUUCCCCCAUCAGUCAAGAAAAAAUUACAGAACUUUCCUCCAAUAUGAAAAAAGUCGCGGUUCCCAAGAUGUAUAAACAUCCUUAAAAUCACAUGUUUCUGUAAUAAAUGUAUCGUUAACAACAACCUGAAUGAAAGAUGAAAAAAUGAAAUUCUUGAAAAUUAUGAAAUCAGUGAGGAUUGUGACGUUUUUGAGAGCAAUAAUGAUGGGUUGGUUCAAGGAAGUUGCUUAAUUUUAGAUUCUGUAGAAUCCGACUCGGAAUCAGAACUACUCGAGACAAUACGGUGACGUUUAGAAUGUUCCUUCAUAUCGUUCUUUGUGAAGUCGGUCCCUGAAACAAUUUUCGACGUAGUCUUAUUUUCGACAAAUGAGUGACUGAUCACUGCAAGCUUCUGAUUCCGACUCAGAAGAAUCGUAAUCAGCAACCAGCUCAACAAACUGUAUUCCUUUGUGCAUGGUCGUUUCCGUUCUAGUGGCAUUUUUUUGACAAUCGACUGACUGAACUAUGGGAUUUUCUCAUUCGGAAUCGGAAGAACUGUAAUCAGCCAGCUUAAGGAUGUAUUACAGCCUUUUCGUAAAAAUUCACGAUUUUUGAAUUUUUCUGGCACAUUGUUGAUGGGAUUGACGUGAAAAAAUAUACCGUUUUUGCAUUUUAUCAUUGCUCGUGACUCAUGACUCACGAAAUUUCAUGAUCGUGGAAUCAUUUUCCUGCGUUUUUUCUAAAACUUUUCGGAAAUUUACAAAACUUUAGAACAAAUGCAGGAAAAUGAUUGCACUACUAUGAAACUUCGUCACUCCGUCAAUAGUGAUAAAACGCAAAAACGCUAUAUUAUUUCGCGUCAGUCCGAUCAAUAAUUUACCAGAAAAAUGAACAAAAAUGUGAAUUUUGGUCGAAAGGGUGUGUACAUCCUUAACAAAUUGUUUUCUCUUGUGCAUGGUCGCAUCAGUCGCAGAAACUUCUGCAAAAUCAGGGGCCUGGGUAAUUUGUGUUUCCCCUGAAACCAUCGAACUAAGCGUCAAUCGGCUGUGGGACAUUUUGCUCAGGCCUUGCUUCGUCCCCUGCUUCAGUCAUUGACGAAGUAUUAGUUCCUCUUGUGCACAUGAUGCAUAAAUUGGUAAUGUUCAACUUGGGAUGAAAGGUUACUUCUGGCACUAGGUGAUGAAUUAUUUCUUCAGAAAUAUAUUUACAUUCGUUUAUCUUCCCCACAUUUAAUUUUCCAUGUGAACAUAGCAGAUGUGCAGUAUCUACAAAGCCACAUGGUGGAGAGACUGAAGACAUUAAUUUUUUGAGAAAUGAGGAUGGAAUCCGCAAACCUUUCUCCCGAUUGCCGAUGUUUUUGGACCCGUCCACUUUACACUGCUACAUGAAAGAAAGUACUUCAUUUUUCCACUGGUCUUUGUUGGUAAUCCUUCUCAAAUGAGUCAUGUUCAUGCCGUUGAUACAUUGGGGGCUGAAAACAGGACCAUUUUGAUCUGCACACAUGUACGGGGAUUAACCCGUACGCCGUAGCAAGUGUUGUUCACUUGAGUCCUCUUCUGAUUCACUCAUUUCCCGGAUUCUUUGCCACAAAUCGAUAAAUAAAUGAAUGUAUGAGAAAUAUAUUACAAAUAGAAAAGUUUGAAAUUUUUGCACUUUUCAUACGUUUGUCAAAAAACCUCAAUGUGAAUCUUGCAGAUAAAAGAAUUCACACAAGGCGUUCUACACACCGCGGGCACAACACAGACACAUUCCGCCGGCUAGUGCAAAACUCUCAAUGAGGAUUGGUUUUACGAGACAAAGUGAAGAGACUGUGUUCGCAGAGCCAAAGGGGCGUAAAAACACAUUUUUUGCGCUUCUUUGGUUCUACGGCGACGACAUCUUUUAUAAGCAAUUUUUUUGAUUACGAAGAAAAUCUUCGGACAAUUUCCCAUAAAUCCACCAAUUAGCAAGGUGAUUCAGCAACCAAUGAUACUAUUUUGUUACGUUUUACCCCUUCAAUUGUCAAUCAAUUUGCUCCUCAACUUUCUACACCUCUUGACUUUCUACUGAUUAAUUUUUAUCGUAUGAACAUUCGUUACGGUUGUAGAAUUGAAUUUCUCAGGGUCUUAAAAUAAAUGAUAAAUAACGAAUAAAGAGCGAUAAUUUGAGUUGAUAGAAGUUUGAGGGAAAAUGGAUGUGAAUUUAUUGAUGAGGAGUUGGAAAACUUAUUGUUAAAAUUGUGUAAUGGGAAUAUAGAUUAUACCCCAGUGGAGCAUUACUAUAUUAUUAAGGGUGUCAGGUAUAUAGAGAUUGCAACAAAACCUAAAGAUUGUAAUUAUGAAAUGAUAAAUGAAGUCAAAUAAUGUUAAAAUCUAUUUUAAGCAGAUGAGGAAAAAUCACUCGAAGCGGAGUUUAUUUCAAUACAAUAAAAUAUUUAUUUCUAUUUGAA